GAUCAAGGGUAGCCAGUGGGCCAUCUUCGCGCCAACGAGUCGGCCUUCUGCUGGCGAGAAAGCGGGAUGCUGUCCCUGUAUACGAAACCAGCGACCAUCUCGCCUGGCGUAGCUCCUCCGUUCUUAGUCCGCAUAGUCGAGAUGGUAGCGCCCCGAGGAACCAUGCAGCUGUGCAUUGGACAAGCACAGGCAACAGCAACAGUGGACAAGUUUCCGCCGGCAGAAUCUUCAUCUGUGGUUGCAUUCGAUCGCCAGAUCGUGCCAUGGUGGAGAUUGCCCCGACGCUGGAAUCGAUUCCAACUUCCUUCGCCGAGAAUCUGUCAGGAAAUUAUCUUGUCCUCACUGCUUUUUUGUGUUCGCUGGUAAUGAUCACGCUACAUUAUGAGAAGACAGUUCGAGUUCAGCUGUUCCCUUCACGCAUGCAACAGCCGUCGAAGAUGUGCGUAGGCAAACGCCCUUUCAUCUUUUUUUUCAUCUUCCUUUAUCCGCGUAUUGGCCAGCAGCUGGUGACGUGACGUCAUCGAUAUCACCGUAUUAACCUCACAGAAGACAUUUGGCGGGGAGGAUCUACUGGAGCUUCAAAGCUACAUGUCAGUGUGAUAGCCUUAGAGUCUCGGACUCACAGACACCAAUGAAGACAUCAUCCCGGAGCAUCCCACAUUAUUAAUGCAUGCAGAUGCUAUCAAGCCGAAGUGGUGCUUCAAGGUAACCAACCAGGAUUGGCACUUGAGGCACGCCGUUUGACACCAAGACGGAUGUUAUAGGACGUGUCCCGCUGCCUUUUAUUCAGCAUCAUUGAUCCAGCGUCUAAAUAGAUUGUCAGACGGAAUGGAAUAUGAUGGACCCAUUAACAAAUUAUUUGGUGGGAGCCAACACACUUAACUUGGUGUAUAAUUUACGGAGUGCAGCAAGUGGCUGAUGAGAUGCUUGCAGUUCUUCGGGUGCGAUAACUGACCGGGCAACGUGUCCAGCGCACGCUGAUGACGAGGCCUUGCCAAAGAUGACACCGCAUGGCCAGUCGGCCGUUGCUGGUUUCUCCUCGGCACUCCAUUAGACUCCACACAGUGAUUGCAAUUCGCUUAGAUGUACUCACACAAGGCCCGUAACCUCCAAUUACGUCUGCAUGAUUAAUAUCUGGUUAAUUCAUGGACAAGAAUUGAAGGUGUACGGUUCACAGCCCCAAAGGCAUGUCAGCGUAUAGAGUGAUGAACUCAUAGCUUGAUGUCAUCAAAGGUUCUACAAAAAAGGACAACCUGCAAUUCAGUACUGAAGGAAUUAUUACAGCUUCGUUAAAGGGAAAUCAAUGACUAAGUACUUCCUUGAAAUUACAGGAUCACUUUAAUAAAAUUGAAAGAUAGUGCCUUCUGCAUGCCGCCAUCCAGCAUGUCGCAACUCGACGACGUCUUCAUCAACAGUCGCGACACGGCGGGGCUGAUUGCACCAGACAACAUGGAAUCUCGCCCGUUCCGCCACUACGAUGUCCGGGACGACGCUGCGUCGUCUACCCGCCGCACCGAUAACUCCUCGGACGACAGCGGCAGUGGCGACCCGAUGACGGCCUCGUCCAUCCGCGUGGUCCAUCCGCGAGACCGCUGCAACGUCAUUUAUGCCUCCCUGUUGCUGGCCGGUAUAGGGUUCCUGCUGCCCUACAACAGUUUCAUCACCGCCGUGGAUUACUUCCUGGACAAGUACCCUCGGAGUACCAUCGUGUUCGACAUGAGCCUUACCUACAUCGUGGUAGCGUUCGUGGCGGUGUUUUUGAACAACGCACUGGUGGAAAGUUUCUCACUGCAUGUCCGGGUGACCUUUGGAUACGUCGUAGCCUUCGUGGCGCUCUCCCUGGUCGCGAUUUUCGAGGUUGGAUUGGAGGUGUUUUCCCCAGGGACUGGCUAUUUUGUCAUCCUUGCUGCCGUUGCCAUGGUUUCCCUCGGAUGCACAGUGCAGCAGUCCAGUUUCUAUGGCUACGCCGGGAUGUUACCGAGGCGAUUCACACAGGCCGUCAUGACUGGGGAAAGUGCGGCGGGUCUCCUCACCUCCCUCAACCGCAUCAUCACCAAGCUCCUGGUGCACGACGAGAAGAUCAACACCCUGACCUUCUUCGUAAUGUCUGCUGCCAUGGUGCUGGUCUGCCUGCUGACCCAUCACUUGGCCCGGCGGACGGACUUCGUGAGAUAUUAUAUGACGGCCUGCUCGCGCCGGGAGGAAAGCGUCGAAGACCAGGCGCGCUGGGUGAACCGUUACAAUCAACUUUCUAACGAGAACGAGGCAUCGGCAGAAUUUACCCAAGAAUAUCUUCCGUCGCCCACUGACGGUUGCAACCAAAGCCAGACCACACAUACGAACGGUAGGGCGCCACCACGCGGUUUCUUUGGUGAGGAGACCAGCUUUGAGAUAGAGUUUCCCGAGGUGAAAGCUUACGACCGGUUUCUAUGCAAAGCGCGCGCUUUGAAAAGAGGCCUGGCGAUGAGACGCGAAAUAGCCCGUACGCUGUGGCCCCACAUGCUUUCCAUUGGUCUGGCGUACUUCGUAACCCUGUGCCUCUUUCCGGGGAUCGAGUCUGAGGUUGUUAGUUGCGAUCUCAGAGGCUGGAUGCCCGUCAUUCUGAUGGCCAUCUUCAAUGCAACCGACUUUUGCGGAAAGAUAAUCGGUGCUAUCCCGUAUGAGUGGUCCACCCGUAAACUGGUCCUCGCCGAGGCCCUUCGCUUGGUCAUCAUUCCGCUCAUGGUCCUGUGUGUGGCACCCCGGAACCGGCCGAUCUUGUCCCACGAAGCCUGGUCGAUGGUCUUCUCGGGGCUCCUGGGCAUCACCAACGGGUACUUUGGCAGCGUGCCCAUGAUCAUGGCUCCGGCCAGGGUCAGCGAAAGCAAGAAAGAGUUGGCAGGCAAUAUAAUGACGCUCUCUUACAAUGUCGGCCUGACGACAGGCUCGGCCACGGCCUACCUGUUGAACUACCUGCUGGGGUCCACGCCGGCUGUCAGCUGUGUGUCCCCGGCCAUGGCCAACACAUCCCAGGCCCACAUCCCUGGCUGAUGUGGUUAUG